AUGAACCAAGGGGGCACAUUCUUGCCAAGACGUAAUCAAAGGCUGACUUGUCGGAGGGAAGAUGGUGCCGGCUCCAAGGGAAGGAAAGGCGUCACGGAAAGCAAAAAUGAAGAAAAGAAAAACAGAAGCUCGGGCCCAAGGACCCUUCGUCGGGCUUGGUUGGCAGACUCGGCCUCGCACAUGAAUAACUAA